CUUCACAAAACCCCAAAUAGCCCGCCCUAUCGCCACCUCUCUCUCUCUCUCUUUCUCUCCGCCUUCCUCAAGGAUGGACGGCGGCACUUCGGGCGGUGGUGACGUCUUCCUCUCUCCUCUAUUCAUCUUCCUCCUCGUCGUCGUUCUGCAAACCCUCGAUGGCCUCCUCGAGCUCGUCAAAAGGAAAGGGAUGAAGAGUGCUGAAGAAGUUCAAUUGCGAAAAGAAAUCAAGCAACUUUUGAAAGAGGCAAGCUCGUUAUCAACGCCCUCAACCUUUGCUCAAUCUGCAAAGCUUAGGCGAUUGGCUGCAGCCAAGGAAAAGGAGCUACUAAAAAAACAGGAGGAGCACAAGAAGGAGAAAUCCUGGGCUUAUGAGUUGUGUGGAAGGGCCCUGUUGGUUUCUAAGGUACUGCUCUAUGCUGCACUUGUCUUGCGGUUCUGGGGGGUUCCUGUUGCAGCAGUUCCUCAGCAUCUGUUGCAACCUUUUGGCAAGAUAUUGUCCUGGAGGGCUGGAGAUGCUGUCACAGGCCAAAUCAUGGUUGGGAUGGUUCCUUGGCUGGUUUUAACUUCUCGUGUCAGCAAGUUAUUUUGGCAAAAGCUCUCAAAAAGCUUUCUUAAUUAUUAAUUAUAGAACUGACUUUGCCCAAUCUAUGAUUGUAAUCUGGUAUGUGGGCCACUUAGCUGUAGUUUCUGCUGGAUCCAGAUUUGUAAGUUUUGUGCAUCUCAUUAUUCUCCUUCUCUUAUGCAGGCAGUUUUGUUCAGUUAA